AGAUCAAGCAUACACCAGUCUAUCCUCUGUUUGAUUAAAAAAAACAAAAACAAAAUGUGAAGCGCACCAACCGCCAAAAUUGACACAAUGGGCGUCCAUUCCGAAACCCCAAAAGAGGACAGCACCGUCCGCCAAAAUCCAGAUUCGAGGGUUCUUGUUUCUCCGUCGUUCGACCUCUCUCUCCGCCGGCCAUGGCGAUGGUCGGAGGAGGCGCCACGGCUGGACCCGGCGAGGUGGAGGCCGGGUUCGCGAAGCUCCAAGGGGAGGAUUUCGAGUACUACAUGCAGACCUAUUCGAUCAUGCUGGGCCGCAACAGCAAGAAAUCGGCGGUGGACGUCGACCUCUCGAGCCUCGGCGGCGGCAUGAACAUCUCCCGCCACCAUGCCCGCAUCUUCUAUGACUUCCAGCGCCGCCGGUUCGCCCUCGAUGUCAUCGGCAAGAAUGGCUGCCUCGUCGAGGGCGUCCUUCACCUCCCGGGCAACCCCCCGGUCAAGCUCGACUCCCAGGAUCUCCUCCAGAUCGGCGACAAGCGUUUUUACUUCCUCCUUCCCACCCGCUCUAUCUUCGCCUCCGCCGCCCUCGCCCGCCUCGUCCCGCCCCUCCCCCCUCCCGCCACCGGCGCUGCCGUCCCGCCACCUUUCGCCCGCAAGGGCCGCCCCCGCCCGUCCGAUUUCCGCGACGGCUCCUACGAUGAUGAUGACGACCGAGAAGAGGAGGAGGAGGAGGAUGGGGUGGAUGAUGGCGUGGGGCACGUCGGCAUGGCGGUGAAGAAGAUUAGGCGGAGGGGUUCUUCCGGAGACGUGGAGGGGUUUGCAGGAUAUGGGGUCGGUGCCGCCGGAUCUGCGCUCACAGGGAAGACGGGACCUUCUUCGGGACAAUUGCAGAAAAAGUUGGUGAUGAGAUCAAGGGCUGACAGGGAAGCAGAUAAUCAUCAACUCUUGCAAUUAGAAGAGAAAGAUGUUGUUUCAUCUGUAGCCACAGUGCUGUCUGAUCUUUGUGGCCCUGGAGAGUGGAUGCCUAUGGCAAAACUUCAUGCUGAGCUCGUUGAACAGUAUGGCAACAUAUGGCACCACAGCAGGGUUAGAAGAUAUCUGACAUCUGAUGACUGGUUACCAAAUGAAACCAAAGGAAGACCAUGGUGUGGCCUGCUGACGCUGCUUAGGAAAUACCCAGAGCAUUUUGUGAUCAACACGAGAUCGAAAGGGAGAGUGACCUCAGAGUUUGUCUCGUUAGUUUCCUUGCUUUCAUGAGUAUCGCAUGAUUGUAUGUGGGCCAUCAAAACAGCAAUAUGUGGUAGUAGUACCCUAUGAUCCAUGUUGUACCGUUCGUUUAUAAAUAUAAAAUGUCUAAUGGAUCCACCACCUUGGUUUA